CUGCACUACGGGACCCUCCUGGGCAGCAGAGCUUGUGCCCACAUGGCAGCAGCUGCCUGGGCCAGUGGCUUUCUCUAUUCACUGCUGCACACAGCCAAUACAUUUUCCCUGCCCCUGUGUAAGGGCAAUGCCCUGGGCCAGUUCUUCUGUGAAAUCCCACAGAUCCUCAAGCUCUCCUGCUCACACUCCAACCUCAGGGAACUUGGGCUCAUUGCUGUUAGUGCCUGUUUGUUAUUUGGUUGUUUUGUGUUCAUUCUUUUCUCCUAUGUGCAGAUCUUCAGGGCUGUGCUGAGGAUCCCCUCUGAGCAGGGACGGCACAAAGCCUUUUCCACCUGCCUCCCUCACCUGGCUGUGGUCUCCGUUUUUGUCAUUACAGCUACAUAUGCCAACCUGAAACCGCCCUCCAUGUCCUCUCUAUCCCUGGAUUUGUCCCUGUCAGUUCUGUACUCACUGGUGCCUCCAGAUCAUGGUGCUGAUUCUCUGGAAGUUCUGGAUGAAUUCCUGGAAGUCAAUUCUGAAUCCCUGAUCCCACACCUGCGGCCUGUGCUGGAGCUGUACCUCCAGUUUCACAAUGGCUCCUUGGUUCUAUGGGCCCCACAGCUUCAUCCUUGA